AUGCCUACCAUGAUGAACAGGGGACUAUGGCAACAAUAUAGCCGGAUUGGGCGCCAGGGGAGUAGAGCUUUCCGUGAGUUCAAUAGCAGUGCCAGUCUCUUCUCAGGACACAACCGCUGGUCAACUAUCAGACAUGACAAGGCAAAGAAUGACAAAGCAAAGAGCAAGGAACGGCAGAUUAUAGUCAAGGAUAUCAGCAGUGCUACUCAGAUGUGGGGACCUGAUCCCAAAUACAACCCCCGCCUGACACUACUACUCUCGAAUGCCAAACGAGCUGAAAUCCCAAAAGCAGUCAUUGAAGCAGCCGUCGCACGAGGUCAGGGGAUAAGCGUUACGGGCCAGGCUCUCGAACAAGUAACAAUUGAGGCCAUAUUACCCUUUUCCGUAGCGGCGGUGAUUGAAUGCCAGACGGAUCAGAAAGCCCGCACUUUGCAAGACGUACGCCGUGCUAUCAAGGAUGUGGAGGGGGUCGUAACGCCUACUACAUACCUCUUUGAGAAGAAGGGUAGAAUAAUAUUCGAGAAUAAGGAUGGCGCGAGUCCUGACGACUACUUAGACCAGGCUAUUGAGGCCGGUGCGGCUGACAUCGUCGCAGGCGAUGAUGGUCGUCUUGCUAUCUUUACUGGGCCAACUGAAACGAAACAGGUUGGAGAGAAUUUCUCUAGAUUAACCGGGCUCAAUAUUGAAGAGCUAGAAAUCAUUUGGGAUCCGAAUAAGGAGACGUUGGUGGAAGUGAAGGACGAGGAGCAGAUUAAGGGUAUUGAAGAUAUGUUGGGCACUAUCCGGGAAGAUAAUAGCGUACGAGAUAUCUAUUUGAACACGUCAAGGGAAUUCUAA